GGGGCCGGCUGUGCGCACACAGAUGGCCCUUAUUCCAAAAGGAAUAUUCACAAUGGGUACUGAUGAACCUGAAAUAAAGCAAGAUGGGGAAUGGCCUGCUAGAAAAGUCCAUGUUAACCAGUUCUAUAUGGAUCGGUACGAGGUCAGCAAUGUGGAGUUCGAAAAAUUUGUAAAUGCCACUGGCUAUGUUACAGAGGCAGAGAAAUUUGGAGACUCCUUUGUGUUUGAGGGUAUGUUGAGCGAACAAGUGAAGACAGACAUCCAGCAGGCUGUUGCAGCUGCUCCCUGGUGGAUGCCUGUUAAAGGAGCUAAUUGGAGGCAACCUGAGGGACCAGAUUCUAAUAUCUCAAAGAGAAUGGAUCACCCAGUUCUUCAUGUCUCCUGGAAUGAUGCUGUAGCGUAUUGCACGUGGGCGGGAAAGCGAUUACCCACAGAAGCUGAAUGGGAGUACAGCUGCCGAGGAGGCCUUGACAAUAGACUUUUCCCAUGGGGCAAUAAGUUUCAACCAAAAGGUCAGCACUAUGCCAAUACUUGGCAGGGAGAGUUCCCAAUAAGCAAUACAGGAGAGGAUGGCUACAAAGGAACAGCACCUGUUACAGCAUUUCCUCCAAAUGGCUAUGGCUUAUACAACAUAGUGGGAAAUGCCUGGGAGUGGACAUCUGACUGGUGGGCUGUUCAUCAUUCUGCAGAUGAAACUCACAACCCAAAAGGACCCUCAUCAGGGACUGACAGAGUGAAGAAAGGUGGAUCCUAUAUGUGCCAUAAGUCCUAUUGCUACAGGUAUCGCUGUGCAGCUCGCAGCCAAAACACUCCUGAUAGUUCUGCUUCAAACCUGGGAUUCCGCUGUGCAGCAGAUACACUGCCAACUUUACAGUGACUGAACUUGUUGGUGCUCUGAAGCCACAGGGAACUGAAAAUUUCACUCCCACAAGAGGAGUUUAGUGGAGCUCCAGCCUGCUGAGAGAUUCUGCAGUUACCAGUCUCUAGUACAAGAGACAAGAUGAUACCAAGCUAAUUACAAAAGAAAUUGGAGAAAGUGAACUUGCAAAAUACGUCAAUGUUAGUUGGAGACAUUUAAUUCUGUAACCAAACUUUGGAGAAGUUGGGUUGAAUUUCCAUCUUUGCUGUGCAGAUGAAAACUUUGAGUUAAUUCUGUUGAUAUCAUUGGAAAUAUACAAGAUUUACACCUGCUAAGAACUAACCAGAACCAUUUUAAUAAGGAUAUUUUUUUGUUUCAAAUACUUUUUUCUCCUCUACAGAAGAUGCUCUUUAGUACUGAGUAAGUAUUUUAUGAUGGAUUUACCUCAGUGAUCCAAACUCCUCAUCAAGGCUUUACAAACUUUGGGAUGAGUGAAAGGAAAAGCUGGGCUUUUGUAGCAAUAUUAUUUACAUGUUACAUCUUGAGUAAUAUAGGAUGCAGGUUGUCAACUACAAUUGAAAAUUUAAGGAUGGAAAAUAAACAUUCCACAUUAUCUAUAACUUUUCAUUGGCAGUUGGCUAUGCCCUUGUAGAUUUUAGGCUACCUGCAAAUUUGGUAUAAAAAUGUUGUUUAGCUCUUAUAUUGCAUUCCUGUUCUGAAAAGACCAUUGUUCAGGGAAAAAGUAGCAACUUUUACCAUUAUAGAAAGUGGCAGCUUUAUUAGAACAGGGAUAAUAGUCCCAUAAUGGCAGAAUCCAUUAUAUAUACAGGCUUAAAGAAUUAAACGCUUAUUUUCUGAUACUGGAAACUUGUGGCAAUAGAAACACAUGGACGAUUCCCUUUAACUUCUAUUUACAUUGUGCAGAUUUAUUUUGGGGGCUUCAGGGUAUUUAUUCAACCUGGUGUUUUCCAAAUUGUCUUUGAUAGUGAAUGGCUCUGCUUAUAUGAAAGGUUGAAAGAUUCCCAUGAAAAGAUGGGAAGUUUGAAGUGAAUGGAAAACUUUCAACUUGUCUUCAAUAAGUUUCAAACUAUAUUGAAAAAUUCAGUGGUAGGUAAAUGUCAGAUUAAGUCAGUGAGCUUGAGUUCUUCAUGCUAAAAUACACUUGUGCCUUUCUUCUCUCAUUUGCUUCACACUUACCAGCCUAGUACUGCUGAUACUAGUGGACAGACAGCCCUAGGAACAGAUGGAAAAAUUUUCUUGUCAACCACUUAUUCUUUAUUUUAACCAACCUAAUAAAAAACUUUCUUGUUUGCAGAGUAUUGAGAAUAAGCUCCGAACCUAAACAUGACAGGCCCUUUAGACAUGGGUUCUAUUUGCAGCUGUUCAGCAGACUGUGAUCUAGGACCAGUCAUGUGCCUUAAUCUCCCCCCCUCCCCCAUGCAAAGGUGCAUAAGCCUGAUUCCCAUUUUAAAGUGCUUUGAGAUCUAUGAAUAAGACUGGGUAAGUGUAUUGUAACAGCAGUGUUUUGUAUUAUUUGUUUCCAGCAUUUUUUGCCUAUAAUUUAUUAUAGGUUGGAAUUAAAAUGCAAAGCCCUUGUCAACUUCUGUCCUGGGACAGUGAGUUACUCACCAAACAAAAAGUAUUACAGAGGGUAUUCCUAUCAGGGUGCCAGUGCAUCCACACACACAUUGCAAACCUCGGUGACAUAGGAACUAAAGUUAUACUCGCACCACAGAUUAAAAUUCAGCAUAAGCCAUUAAAGUAUAAACAUUUUCCAAUGCCAAGUGCCAUGCCAUGUCAUGUAAUCAUAGGAAAAAGCGGUGGCAAUUUCAAGCUAGAGUUUAGUAACUGUACAGGCAGGUGUGUAUCCAGAAGUCCCCUACUAAUGGAUAGAUCCACCAAAGAAAGCAACAGAAUGCAACUAUUAAAACUUCUCUGAAACAUCAUCAAAGUUCUAUAACCUAUCCUAGAUACUGAUCCCUUGCUGUCACGGAUGUUGGGAGGCAGGCCACUCCUCACUUCCAGGCAGCCCCCGAGCCUGAAACACAUACUCCCCUCCAACCAUAUAUCCUACAACAGACAUGCUAACCCAGGAACCAGUCCCUGCAACAAAACCCGUUGCCAACUCUGUCCACACAUCUACCAUAGAGACACGAUCACAGAACCUAGCCAUAUCAGCUAUACCUAUGCAAUCAAAGGCUUGUUCAUCUACUAAUGUGAUACAUGCAUCUCUGCCAUGUACAUUGGAAAAACUGGACCAUCUAUGGAUGACACAACGGUAAGAUACAAAAAACUGUGGCAGAACAUUUUAACCUUCCUGGACACAGUUAUAGACUUGAAAGUUGACAUUCUCAAGCAAAAAAACUUCAAAACCAUGCAGCAGCCUGAAGAUGCUGAGUUGGAAUUCAUAUGCAAAUUUGACACCACCUGAAUGGGUCUGAAUAAAGAGGGAAUGGGUCACUCACUACCAUAAAUACUUUUCCCCUUAGGUAUUCUCACUACCUUAUCUACAUCCACCCUGACUGAAUUAGCUCUCAUGUAACGUUCCCAUCUCUGUAGCCCCAGUAGCUGUUUUUUUCUCUUUCUCUUCGUGCAUCUGAUGAAGUGAAUGCAACUCAUGAAAGCUUAUGCCAUAAUAAAAUUGUUAGCCUUUAAGAUGCUACCUCCUUGUUGCUGAAACAGAGUAACAGGGCUAUCUCUGAAAACAGCUGUAUAUAGUAAACACUGUACUCAAGACAGUGCAUGCACUGAAGCAAAUGGGAAAGAAAUGCUGUGUCCAUCUCAGUUCAAACUUCCCAUGCUUUCAUAGGAAUGUCUGCCUUGCAGAAAGGAGUAUGUUUUAGUGAAAAUACUUUGGAGGCAUUGUUACUGGUGAACAUUAUUUAUAUUAUAAAAAUGAAGUAUAUGGUUCUGAAACUUUGAAAAAUCAGUGGAAUCCCCAUCUCUGAAUGACAGCUUCGGACUAAUGCUUAUUUAGUAGUGGGGCAUAUUAAUCAAGAUUUACUGUCCCAUGAGUGACCUAGGUGUAAACUUUCUUCUGCUGGUCUUUCAUUGAUAGUUUAACUGGUUUGUUUCCUAUAAACAUCAUUAUAUUCUUACAUCAGUUGAUCAAAAGAUUGAUAAAAUGAUUAAACUAAACAUUCUGUAAACUGA